UGGCGGCAAUGACCCUAAAUAACGGUUUGAACGUUCAAACUGCAGCAGCACCAUAAAUGAAAAAUUAGAAAUUUAUUAUUCAUUAGACAGUAGUUUGUCAAAAAAUAAUAGGACUUCAUUAUUUUAGAUUAUCAAGUAGGUAUUAAGGUGAUUGUUCUACUUUUCAUUAAAUAGAACUUAUGAAAGAGGAAAUAAGGAACUAAUUAUAGUCACUGUACAAGUAUAAUUUCAUUAGAGUAAUACAGUAUUUGUAUUAUACAUGAUGUAUAUACACCAUUGAGACUUUAUUUUAUAAUUGUUGACAAGGGAUGUCUGAUAAAAAAAAUAAAUCAUACGUAAGGACAAAGUAUAGAGUUCAAAAAAAGAAUACUGAGCAUGCAAAUUUUAAAAUGCCUUCAAAUAAAAAUGUAGAUGAAUAUUUACAUGGAUCACAAAACUUUUGUUUGAGAUGGUCCCCAGGUUCUACUGACAGCAAUAUACAAAAUGUUGUAACUCCUAGUGAAAAUGACAUAAUAGUUAUAAGUGACUCUAGUUGUAAGUCUACUUCUCCUAGUCCAACUUGUAACUCUAAAUCAAGUUCUACGUUAAAAACACAAUCUAAUAGAAGUAAGAAUGUAUAUAUUUUGGAUUCUUCUGAUUCUGAUAUUGAGGCUGAGAAGGAUGACAAAUUUUUUCAAGCAUGGAGAAAAAAUAAAAACAUAAAUUUUAUUAAUCAUAAUAGGGAAAGAAGAGAUAUUAAAAAAAGUACUGCACAAUAUACUUCUGACGAGUCUUCUCCCAAUAGUCCCAAACAUUGCAAAAGAUUUGUUAGACAUAUUAAUGAAUCAAGUUCUUCAGACUCUGUUUCAGAACAUACUGCUAAAAAUAUUUCAAAAUCAAAUGUUCAAAUUCAUAACAAUGUAGCAAAUAAAGUAACUUCAUCGUCAGAUUAUACUAGUUGUAGAAGUAAUCCAAUAAAUGUUGAAUGUAAGAUUCAACCAACUAAAAAUUUAUUAAUUAAGAAUAAGAAAAAUGUUACACGAAGAGACUUCCAAAGUAUAAUUAAAAACAUAAAAUCUACAAAAAUGGUGUAUGAGUCACCAAAAACUAUCAGAAGAGAUAAUGUCACAUCAGAUGAAGACAUAAAUGAUAUACAUCCUGCUAUUUCUACAGACAAGAAAGAAACAAAUAAUAAAAUUAUUGACGAAACUCCAGUAGAUUCUGAGAGUGAUAUUGUUCAAAGUUCUCAAGUAAAUUCAGCAAAUGUUUAUAAAACUCCAAUAAACCGAAUUUUGUGUAAACCACAUGAAAAUAAAGAUGAAGAAAUGACAUGUUCUGAAUUAUCAGAACGAAAGAAGAAGCAGAUUUCACAGUGGCUUAUGACAACUUCACCUAACUCACAAAGCGAUACCUCGCUUAGUAUGGUGCCUGCAACUAACAAAGAUGACGUAAGUUCUGGGAAUAGUAGUUUAGAAAGACUAGAAAUGAAUUAUGAAACUCCAAAUAAUAGGGGAAAAAUACAUCGUACUCCUAAGAAUGAAAAUGGAAUAAUAAAUUCAGAUUCUACUAAACGAAUUAAUUCUGUAACAUUAAGACAAACUACAUUGAAGGAAUGUAUACAAUCAAAAAAUGAUACUCCAAAACCCUGUACAUUAAAAAAUAAUGCUGCAAACACACCACAAAAUCUAGUCAUUACAGAUUGUCAGGACAUAUUAGAUAAGUUGUAUGGCAAAUCUUGGCGUGAUAAAGCUCAUAUCUUAUUUACAAAUUCUGAACAACGAAAGCCUGUAAUACCUACAAGGAACAGAGCAGUUCAGACUGAAAGGAAACCAAAAAAUAAAGGAAGGUGUCAUGUAACGGAUUCAGAAGAUGAUGAUUCAAACACAUCCUUACAGGAUCUGAAAUUACAAAAACGAUUGCCAAAAAAGAAUGUGCGAAAAACUACUAAACAAGACAGUUUUAUUAAUGAUCAAUCAUCAUCAGGAAGUGAAAGUGAAAGUUUGUAUUACACUGCAUUGACAAAUCCAAAAUUAUCAGUAAACAGUACACAAAAGAACAAAAAUCUUAAAGGUCUACAAAAAGUUCUUAGAGUGUGUGAUACGGAUACCGAGGACGAAGAUAAAGAAAGUGAUAAUAACGAAUACGAUGCAGCAAGAAAGAAACUAUCAUUUGACAAUGAUGAAAUUGAGGAUUCAAAUACUAGCGAAUUCGAUCCUGGUGAUGAGAUACCACCGAAAUCUACAACUAAGAAAGAGCUUACUAAAAUUCCACGGGAAAUACCUAAAGCGACUAAUAAAAAUAAACCAACAUCAAAUAAUCAAAAGUAUAACAGUUUUCUAUCAUCUUUAUCGGAAAAUGUACCUAUUACUAAUGCACAUCCGGAUGCUAGAAAGUAUAGAUUGAAUUAUAAAAAUACUAAAGAAGAUCUGUGUAACUAUUUAUAUAAAUUGUAUAACGAAAAAGUAUUUGAUAAAAAACUACCAGAAGACAUGACAAUAGAAUGGAAUGUACGUAUGAGAGGAACUGCUGGUUUCUGUUACAACAAGAAAUCUAUAAAAACACUUGGAGGUGUUGUAAAAUCUUCAAGAAUAGUUUUAGCAACAAAGAUUCUAGAUACUCCAGACAGACUUAGAGACACUUUAAUUCAUGAAAUGUGCCAUGCAGCUGCUUGGUUAAUAAAUGAUGUUUCUGAUGGACAUGGACCAUUUUGGACAGGAUGGGCUAACAAAGCUAUGAAAACAUUUCCUGAAUUGCCACCAAUCAGGAGAUGUCAUGAUUAUAAAAUUAAAACAAAAUUUACAUACAGAUGUGUGAACUGUGGGUACAGCAUUGGCAGACAUUCUAAGUCUUUGGAUACAGAAAAGAAACGGUGUGGUCACUGCUUUGGAAAGUUUGAAUUAUUAGUAAAUAAAACAACAAAGUCGGGAACUGUACAAGUACAGACACCUUCAAGAGAGCCGUCAGGAUUUGCGCUUUACGUAAAAGAAAAUUACAAUACUGUAAAGAAAGAACGUAACAUAAGACAUGCUGAAAUUAUGAAAAUUUUAGGUCAGCAAUUUUCAGCAAUUAAAAUUGCAACUAAACAGAAAAAUUUUGAAAAUGAAGAAGAUAAUUCUGUCCUGAAUAAGCAAUAGAUACUAUCUUUGUUUAAAGUGCCUUUUAUUUAUAGAUAGAUUAUAUAUUUUUAAUAUAAUAUGACAUUAAUGUAACAUCAUUAGAUUAUUUUGAUUUUAGAAAGACAUUUUACGAGUCGCAGAACUGAUACAAUUUUACCAUUGCAGGCAUUGGAAUAUGAAAUAUGCAAUGAAUUUUUUAUUAUAUCCUUAAUAGGGUUAUUAUUUGUAGAGACGCAUAGCUUUUAUAUAAGUGAACUGUACAGCUAUAAUUGUGACUUAAGGAUUUUUAUUAAUUUUGCACAAUAAAUGACAUGCGUUAACAAAAUCACUAUACCUUAAUUAUAUAAUGAUAAUUCAUAAAUUACUAUUUACACAAAAUCAAAAAAAAUUGAACUGUAUCAUUCGUUCAACGAAAGAUAAUACUCGACUUGCGCAAGACGGUCGAUUUCAGUGAGAUCCCCACCAGGAAGUACAGUGCUACUUCUCUAUGCUUUCCAUUUUUAUUGGUAGUACACACGGUGGACAAAAACAUGUCAAUAAAAAAACAGGCGAUAUAUAGAGAUGUACGGAUUUUGAACUUUUGCCUUAAAGACGGCGCGAAGUACUUCGGGAAAGAUCGGCGAUGAUCGCGCGAGAUCUCGCGAGAUCUCGAAAAGUUUGGUACAACUUUGGAUCUCAACUUUCAAAUUUCGAAACUUUGAAAGUGGGGAAUUUUGAAAUUGUGAAACUUUACAACUCUGGGACUGUACCACUUUGGAAUUUUUGAACUUGUACUGAUUUUGAAAGUAAAUCGAUUCGUAAGCGUGUGAGACUUUUGUAAUAAGAAAUAUACAAGAUUUUGUCUCACUGAGUAUACACGUUCAGUGUUACUAAAGUUAUAAAUACGUUUGCGCGUUGCCCCUGGUUACGAAGUAUGUUUGGGCCAAUCAAAAGUGAUAUGGGCAGGACAAAUAAAAUUCGUCCGAUGAUAAGGGUGGUCUUUUGUUGAGCGAAUAAUAAACAUUUUGUGCA